GCGUGUGCCUGCCCGUCUCCUACUCUCCUGCUCCUCCGGUCAGAGCGGUCUCUCAUGACCUCAACUAUAUAUUUAGCCCGCCAGCGGGCAGCGUAGCAGUUGCUCGCCAGCGAGCGCAGGGCGUUAGAAAGAGGAUCGAACUCGGUGAGGGUAUCCAUACAGUAAUACAGCUGGAGAUACUUACUAGCUUCAUCCUUGUGCCCCUUGCUUCCUUCUAUAGUUGAGCGAUUGAUGGAACGACAAGAACUUUGUUCCAUUCAGAAAUUUUGUUCAGAAGCAAAAUUUUGAUUCCUCCUCCAUGUUUUUGGCAUUAGAUAUCUCAGGAAGAAAAUAUCAACUCUAAUCAAGCUUACGGCCCCGGAAGCGUCAUAGACAUAGACAUGGGGAACGCAGUUGCAAUCAUAUCUACAAUUGUCGUGAACAAGAAGAUGAAGAAGAAAAUUGUAGAGAAAGUCUUGGAGGAGAUGAAAAAGAACCGCGAGAUGCAAGUCAGCAACAACGUGGAAGAUGUGGUGAUCGAGGUCGGGCCAGUUGAGACGUUCCUCAACCAGAUCCUCAACGAGAAGCCGAUGCGUUUCAGCUCCCAACAGCUAGCGGCCUGCACCCGGAACUACUCGUCGGAGCUGGGAUCCGGCGGCUACGGCGUUGUCUACAAGGGUGAGCUGCCGAACGGCCUGCCGGUGGCCGUGAAGGUCCUGAAGGUGUCCAUGAACAAGAGGGUUCAAGAGGCGUUCAUGGCGGAGAUCGGCACUAUAGGCCGGACGUACCACGUGCACCUCGUCCGCCUCUACGGCUUCUGCUUCGACGCGAACACGAAGGCAUUAGUCUACGAGUACUUGGAGAAUGGCUCGCUCGAGAAGUAUCUUUACGGCGAUGUGGAGGGCAGCACAGCCACGAGGCUGGAGUGGGAGGCGCUGCACGGCAUCGCCGUCGGCACGGCGAAGGGGAUCAGGUACCUGCACGAGGAGUGCCAGCAGCGGAUCGUCCACUACGACAUCAAGCCGGCCAACAUCCUCCUCACCGCCGAUUACACCCCGAAGGUGGCCGACUUCGGGCUGGCGCGGCUGGGCGAGCGCGAGAACACGCACAUGUCGCUGACCGGCGGCGGCCGCGGGACGCCCGGGUACGCGGCGCCGGAGCUGUGGUUGGCGCUGCCGGCGUCGGAGAAGUGCGACGUGUACAGCUUUGGAAUGGUUUUGUUCGAGAUCCUGGGGCGGCGCCGGAACUUUGACCCCUGCCACGGCGAGAGCAAAGAGUGGUUCCCGAGAUGGGUGUGGGAGAAGUACGAACAGGGAGAGAUCGACUGCGUCGUGUCCUGCGACGGGGUCGUCGGAGAGGCGGACAGGCAGAAGGCGGAGAUGAUGUGCAAAGUAGCGUUGUGGUGCGUGCAAUUCCAGCCGGCAGCGAGGCCGACGAUGAGCAGCGUGGUGCGGAUGCUGGAGGGCGAGAUGGCCAUCGUCCCGCCUGCGAACCCAUUCCACUACGUCAUGGACAGCAACAUUGGCUCAACUAACUCGGGGUUCUGGAGUGACACAUACCAAAGUAGCAGAGAGACCAUUGGCAGAGACAGCGAGCUAUCGGUAAUUAGGGCUGUUGUCAAGUCGACUUGAUCGUCGGUGUUUAUGAAAUGAAGCUUAAAGUCUUGUACUGUUUUUUUACUUAUUAUAUUAAAAACAAUAAAGGCUGAGGUUUGUAAAUUAA